UCUGUGUGUGUGUGUGUGUGUGAGUGAGCGGCGCUGGCAGCGGGGCGAGCGGCGGCUGGGCGGCUCCGACUCGCUGACGCCGCCGAGACCGGAUCGAUCCAGGCGCGGGGGCUGCUCAGCCGGGAUCGGGACCCCCCACCCCCCUUCCUUGCCGCCCGGCACCCGGUUCUCUACUGGAAAGGUUUAGAGUAAUGAGAAGGUUGCGUUCAUCAAGAGGGGAUGUCAGCGCUGCCUUCCUGGGACUGGAGCACUGAAAAGGAGAAAGGACCGGAAAUAUUUGAUGCAAGCUGCUUUUGACUGCUGACAGAAUCUGCCGUACCCUGGUGGUGGCUGAACAACAGGAUUAUCUCCUGCUUGCUUCUUGGGUAUCACCACAGUGGGGUCACCAUGAAUGUGACCAGUUUAUUCUCCUUCACCAGCCCAGCAGUGAAGAGGCUCUUGGGAUGGAAGCAGGGGGAUGAAGAAGAAAAAUGGGCAGAGAAAGCUGUUGAUGCAUUAGUGAAAAAACUGAAGAAGAAAAAAGGUGCUAUGGAGGAGCUGGAAAAGGCAUUAAGCUGUCCUGGUCAGCCCAGCAACUGUGUCACAAUUCCUCGUUCCUUGGAUGGCAGGCUUCAGGUUUCGCACCGGAAAGGGCUACCGCAUGUAAUUUACUGUAGAGUGUGGCGCUGGCCGGACCUGCAGAGCCAUCAUGAACUGAAACCACUGGAAUGCUGCGAGUUUCCCUUUGGUUCAAAACAGAAGGAGGUUUGCAUCAAUCCCUACCACUACAAGCGGGUAGAGAGUCCUGUCCUUCCUCCGGUGCUGGUUCCAAGGCACAGCGAGUACAACCCUCAGCACAGCCUCUUGGCCCAAUUCCGCAACCUGGGACAAAAUGAGCCCCACAUGCCGCACAACGCUACUUUCCCGGACUCUUUUCAGCAACCCAAUAGCCACCCGUUCCCCCACUCGCCCAACAGCAGCUAUCCAAACUCACCUGGAAGCAGCAGUAGCACCUACCCGCAUUCUCCAGCCAGCUCAGAUCCGGGAAGUCCUUUCCAGAUGCCAGCUGAUACUCCCCCUCCUGCUUACCUGCCUCCGGAAGAGCAGAUGACACACGAUACUUCCCAGCCAAUGGAUACCAACAUGAUGGCACCCACAAUUCCUCAUGACAUACACCGGGGAGAUGUUCAGGCAGUUGCUUAUGAAGAGCCGAAGCACUGGUGCUCCAUUGUCUACUAUGAGCUGAAUAAUCGCGUUGGGGAGGCAUUCCACGCUUCUUCCACCAGCAUCCUGGUGGAUGGCUUCACUGAUCCUUCAAACAACAAGAACAGAUUUUGCCUGGGGCUGCUCUCGAAUGUUAACCGCAACUCCACCAUUGAGAACACCAGGCGGCAUAUUGGCAAAGGUGUUCAUCUCUAUUAUGUUGGUGGGGAAGUGUAUGCUGAAUGUCUUAGUGACAGCAGUAUUUUUGUGCAAAGUCGGAAUUGCAACUACCAUCAUGGGUUCCAUCCCACCACGGUCUGCAAAAUCCCCAGUGGCUGCAGUCUGAAGAUUUUCAAUAAUCAAGAGUUUGCUCAGCUUUUGGCUCAGUCAGUGAACCAUGGCUUUGAGACAGUGUAUGAGCUUACCAAGAUGUGCACUCUCCGUAUGAGUUUUGUAAAGGGUUGGGGAGCCGAAUAUCACCGUCAGGAUGUAACAAGCACUCCAUGCUGGAUAGAGAUACACCUUCAUGGUCCCCUUCAGUGGCUGGAUAAAGUACUUACUCAGAUGGGCUCUCCUCAUAAUCCUAUUUCUUCAGUGUCUUAAAAGGUCCCAAGAUCGUGCAUUUUGGAAACAACUGAGCCUUGCAUGUACUUGAAGGACGUAUGAGUCAGACACACACAUUUUUACUCCCCCCUCCCCUUACCCUGAACUGGCAACAGCUGAAAAAGAGCCAUGAAAAUACUUGACUUCUGUGACCAACUGUUGGAUUCAGAAAAUAAACCAACCCCACAACCCUCUUUGACAUACUGUUGGUAUUAAGAAUUUUAGUUUACAUUGUAACGUACUCUUGUAAAGUUGAUUUGCAGGGCUUAGUGCAACAACAAUGACUGAGCCAAACCUACAAUCUGUUGGACCGACUUCCCAAAGGAUCUUCCUGUAGCUGGCACUCUGAGAUUCUCUUUCUUCCUUACAUUCAGUGCUCUCUGUUUUCCCCUGUGUCCUCUGGGGCUGAGCGCCGAUGUUGGUGAAGCCUGCUUUUUGCAGGCUCUCUGGAGUACAUUUUAAACCGUUUGUCUAAGCUGAUGGUUGCUGUUCUCUUUGAAAGAAAAAAACAGUCAUAAGAUUUAAUCUCAAUAACUGUGUAGUAAUCUUUGAAAUCGUGUCCUGACCAUACUGCUGUAAGAAUGUUAGGUAUGUUUUUUGCUAAAUGUAUGUACGGUGUAUUUGAAAGUCUAGAAAUUAAUUAGAUUUAGACCAUAAAGGAAUUGGGACUACUUGAAUGGGGGGAGGUGGGAAUGGGAAGGCAAUAUGACAACUGAAAUGUAGAAUAUAUUGUACACAUAGCUUGUUAGUUUAAACUGAGGUCUGAGUUUUGCUGUGCAUUUCAUUUUUAUAGUGGCUUCAUCUUGUUAAUUCUGACUAUUUUUGCCUCUUUGUUUUCCCUGAAAACAAUUGCGCAGGUGGUUAAUCCUUUUACCCGUGAAGAGGACAAAAUGAUUAAUUCCUGCAGUUUGAUGGCUGCAGCUCUAUGUAUUUCAAGGCAAAAUUGUACAGAGUGCUCUUUAACUAUUGACCGGUUUUAUACAGUUUAUGUAGCAGAAGGCGGCUUUUAAUUUUUUAAGAGAAUCUUGUUUUGCCAAACCGAGGAACUGUUAAUUGUUUGGAGGACUUUGAAAUCCCUGUGUGGGUCUGUUUCAAAAUUAAAAAAAAAUAUAUUUUUAAUUUUUAUUUUUUUUUACUGCUUGGUUUAUUUUCUUCUCUUUGAUCUUUUAUAUUCACGUUAAGCUGUAAUACUAAGUACCUUUAUUCCAAAACUAGUCAGUCCUCUUUACUGGAAGUUUUGAAUAAAACCUGUUGUUAUUGCUUACAUUUGAUUAAAACUUUGUCUUGUCCACUUUUUAGUAGACUCUUAACAAACCAGAGAAGAGAUAUGGUCUUGGAGGAGGAACAGCUAGAAAUGAAGAUGUGCUGAGCUUAGACAUUUAUGAUUAGUACAGGUUAGUAACCCUACUAAACUAAGUAUGUGAGAUAAAUGAGUAGUCUAGGCAGAAGGAUUGUUUUAGCCAGGCAAGAUUAGAAUGGAUGCAGUAACACUGAAGUAUCCUAGAUGCUUAGCUAAGUUUCUGUGAGAUUUCAACCUAUGACACCUGUAUGAGAAGAGAUUUUGCUCAGGUUGCAUUGCCAGUGAGCUCUUGCUGCUCUUUGCUGUGUCUACAGUGAGGAGCCUCCAUGCUCCCUUUCCCACACAUCUGCUUUUGCCCUGGGGAGAGGUGAGAAAGGACUGUCCCUUGGCAGCUGCCAGAGGUCUGUCAGGUGCUGGGAUGGUGGAGUUUGAGAGACUGGGGGUUGACUGGAGAUCCAGUGCCUGUGCCUGCAGACCAUGCAACACUAAUAGGAGCAUGAGGGAAAGAUGAGCAACAGAGAUGAGUGUGUGUUCAGCCAGAUGUAUGCAUGUGUGUCACUGUAAUGAAUAACAGCCCUUUUUAGAGAAUUAGUCAAUCCCAUAUAUUUUUUUUAAGUUUAUUCCAUUGUUUGGUUCAGUAUACAUUUUUAAAACUAUCCCUUCUUCCUCUGCUAAGGGGGAGAAAUCCAUAAUGUUCAAGUAUUUAGUAGAACUCAGUGACUUUUUGUAUUUUUAAGUUCCAAAAACAUUUUUUUUAAAUUCAUUUUAAUACAUAUUUUUCAUAAAGAAGCAGUCAUAGCAGAAAUGUAAGUCUUAAAAAUAAGUAACAUUUAAAGAUGACCGAAAAGAAGAAAGCUGUUUGCUGUUCAGUCACUGUCUCUGUUUUUAUCAUCUUCAGCCCCUGCUACAUUAAUUCUCAGCUGUUCCCACAGUUUCUUUCCUUUUUUUUGGAAUGCAGCACUGAGGCAGUGACUUUUUUUAUCAGUGCUGUAACCAUCCAUCAUGCAAGUCUUAAGAGUGUUUUUAUUUGAGUGUUUUCUUAUUUGGAUGAUCCUGUGCAAGCUUUGGUAAACUUGGAUAUAGCUUUGGAAUAAGAAGAGACAGUUUUAUGUUGUGACUGCUUUUGGAUGUUAGUGUCUUGUAUGCUUUGGGCUAUACUGCCUCUCUGUUUUUCCUAAACAGGGAUUAAAAUCAAAAUACUAGCUCUGUAGUGUCUCAGAAACUUUUAGUGGGAUUUCUGCACGGUUCCAGUUUUAGUGAGUUCCUCCUGUUGUGAAUUUUUCUAUGCUAUUGAUACUGUUGAAGUGCAGGGUACAUAAUAUUUUCUUUGUCUGUUAUCUGGCUUUUUGUUUAUAUUGAGGAAACAUUAGGUGUAAGGAACAAGUGAACCUUCAUGUGAUGGCACAAGGUGUCCCAGCUGCACUUUAUUAAAUAAGCUGAGUGGAUUGGAGUAACACCUGAGACUAAUAGGCAGAAAAAAUGGAAGGUAGGACAGAAGUUACCUUGGAGGAGGCAACUGCUAGCUUGAGGCUCUUUGAAGACUUUUUUUUGAGCAUCUUGGAGAAGAUUUCUUACUGAUUUGCCCCACUGCAGAGAGCUGGAGUCAUAAACCUGCAGAAGUCACAGGACAAGACAGAAGGAAAAGCUUCUUGCUGAACUUUCACAAUACAGAGAAUGGUAACAGCUAGAAGCUGGGAGGGAGCCUGCAGUGUCAACUGUGUAACCAGGUGAGCCCCUGCUGCCUAUUUGGAUUUGUAGUUUCCUGGGUCUAGUCUUCUGAACAAAACCCAUAGUUUCCUGGGUUUAGUCUUCUGAACAACAGGGUUAAACACAGAAGACACCGCUUCAAGGUAAAAAGCCAAGAUUGUCCCUGUUUGGAGAAACUGAAAAGAUAUGGGUUACUGUUUUGGAAAAAGAAUUGAGGAAGAACAGUGAACAGUAGAUGUGGAGACAAAUACUUCCAUGGACCUGAAUGUGUUUUGGAAUCUGUGCUCUGGCUUUUAAGUGCCAGAAAGAAAAUAACUUGCCCCAGGUGGAGAUGACUUUUUAACCAUUUGAAAUUCUCUGGUGAACCUUUAAAAGACUUGAUGAAAGAUAAGACAGGUAGUCAUGGUUACUUUUGUGGUUUUAGGAAGGUUUGGAGAGAAAUAAUUCAUGUUUCAACAUAUCCUGAGUCAAAAUCAUGGUCCUGAUCUUCUUAUGCUCACUAACCUGGUUUUGCUAUCUAGUUUGAUAAAGCCAUUCCCUUACUAAAUCACUUCUCUUGCUACUGUAGCUGUGUUUUCACAACUGGAAUUUUCUUUCUAGCCUCAAAGAAUGUGGUUCUGUGACUAUCACUGUUUGAAGACAAUAAAUCAGUGCAGAAAUAUCUGAAAUUUAUAUGGCCCUUUCUUGGUGUGCCUUUCUCCUUCAUUUUUCCUUUGUUGCCAUACUUUAAAUCCUUGAUCGACGUCUUGGAAGUUAGCUGUGUUUUGAUGGUCUCUUUAUUAAUUGCUGCUGGUCUGUUCUGUUCAGCACACUGUAGCCUCUUAUUCUGCUCUUGAGAUACAUGAUUCAUAACCGUGAACUGGCAGUCACCUUUUUCUGGAUGCAUGCCUAAAUAUACAACAUAACUCUACCAUCACCAGUCAUGGUAAAGCAAUAUAUUUUUUACAUGCAUCAUCUCACAGUUCAUUUUCUUCAAAUACAUUUGUAAUUCUAUGCAGGAGAGAAGUGAAAAUGGCUCUUAUUUUCCUCUGUUCCCUUUUGUCCUUGACUUAAACAGCUCAACAAAGAGAGACAGCCAUGUUAUCCUUUUAGGGGACAUUCUUUUUUGUUUCCUAAGCCUCCCUCCCUGACUCCUAUAUUCUUGAUUACUUUUUUUUUUUCAUAUUUUGCAAAUAGCUGUUUGUUUUAUUCUUUUCUCAUACAUGCUGGACACUGGAUGUUUUAGUUUGACAGAAAGCCCUCUACUGAAUGCUUGAAGAAAGGCAAAUAAGAAUUAUGAAUUGCUGGAGGCACUGGAACCCACCCAUAAAGAUAUGCAUGCUUCACAGGCACCACUAUCUCACCUCUUGCUGUCUCAAACGCUUUUUGGAAGAGGAAGGUGAAUUGAGACAAGUUCAUGCUAUUGGAUUUCUCUUUUGGUUGGGAUUACUGUUUUAAAGGUUUUUAGUUAACAUUCCCUUCCUUCCUCUCUAUAGUAGUAUGUCACUUGGUUUAACAUCUGACUGAAAGGGCAGAAAUUGUCAGCCAGGGUGCUCAUGCUUUGUAUUAAUGGUUGUGUUCCCUGACUGCCAUCUUCAGCUUCACAAGCAAGCCCUGCACUGGUUCUCGUCAUAUCUCUCUCUCUCUCUCUCUCUCCCAGCAGGCUUGUGUCAUUUGUAGAACGAAGAGCCUGUACUCACCGUUUGCCUUGGUGAUUUGUUCAGAGGUGAAACCUCUGCAGGACAAAUGAAGCUGUGUGGUUGGGGCCUGGCUUUCAUUUGUAUGACUCCUAUUUCACUCAUCCCAGCUGUGGGAGAUGUUGAUCUCUUCAGCUGCAACAGCUACGUCUUCCGGGGAUGUAUGGUGAAUUGGUUUUCAUGAAGCAAUUGCAAUGGAGAGACAGCCUCCUAAUCAUGCCUGUUGUAAGCACAGAAGCAACACCAAUAAUGUUUAUAAUGUAAGCAUCCCCUGGGCUUGAUGUGUGUACAAAGAUGAGAAGGUCUGCUGCAGUGAAUGGACAAGAUGGGAGUUUUUACUUUGGCGUGAUACAGCUAAAAAUGGCAUAUGGGUCCUCGGUGUAUGUUAACUCGUCAUAUGUAGCUGAGGUCAUUAAAACUAAUACUAAACAAUCCCCUCAAAUUUUACAAACAGUCCAAUAAUCUGGGAUUUAAUUCACUCAUCUUUCAGGAAUGUAAGAAUUUUUUUUCUAAGGGGUGCAGAUUCCUAUUUUUCCCUUAGGAACUGGUUUGUAAUUUCCACUUUUCAUCCUUCCGCUAAGAUAUGAGUUGAAAACUCUGUAUUAUCUUUUCAUGAUCUUGCUAUUUCAUCAGAGACUUGAAAUCUUUAAAGCUUAGGGGAGUUUGCUGUAGGUAAAUCUUGAAGAAGUGAGCACCUUCAUGUGCUUCAGAUUGCAGACAGGACUUAAGAUCUCUCCUCCUAGUAGGUCUCUCGUUGUACUGUUAGAAACCUGCCACUUACAACUCUGUAUUGUAGUAAAUAUAAAAUGUGCUAUAACUGAAUCACAGAGAGGAGUCUGCACCUGCCAAGCAGGCUUUCCUUGCUCAAAGACUUUGGUUUAAGUGGAGGGGUCACUUGCUAAGACGUGGUGGGAAUGCCACAGUUUGCCUUGUUAAAAACUAUUCCGAUUUUCCUGUUGCGUCUUCUUUCCCCCGUAUCCCUGUAAAUGUAAAAAAAAAAACAAAAAACCCACCUAUUUUAUAUAUGAAGAAAACUGGUCUAACUUUUUCUUUCCUUAUCCUUCCUUAUGUUAUGACUUCGAGCUUCCUGAUUUUAUAUUCCUUUAUAUUACUGAGUUGAAUUUAGAACGAGUCAAACAGGAGAAUGAGACUCGAUUUGUGUAGUGCUGCAGUAAGAGUUCAUGUUUUCCCAGAGCACUUCGUUCUUGGCAGGAGAGCGGGGUCUGCCUCAUCUCUGAGCCCUUCGCUUCUGCCUUCUGUUGAUACUUUUGGGAUUGGUGAUCCUGAGCAUUUUCAGACAUAUAUGUGGAGACUGGAAGAUGGCUGUUGUCCCAUCAGAUAUUUCUUCAAGCUCGUGGACCAGUCUCCUCAAGUCAGAAUCACCAUAGGCCGUAGUGCUGGCAACAGCACUAUUUAAAAACUGGAUCCAACCAUGGCUUCAUUUUGAACAUGGCUCGGGCAGUGGUUUGACUACAAACAAACUUUACAAAUGUCUCAAAACCAGCUUGAUCCUUGUGUGUUUUGGAUUUGGUCCAUGCUGUUUCCUAAAGCACUACAGAAAGAAGCUACCUUGAUCUGCAUGCUCUGAAGACUUAUGGUUCCAGGAGCUGGAUUUUUAUCUUGUGCCAAGAGAGAAGCUUUGUAAAUACUCUUUCAUGGGGUAGCUUUUAAUUUGGGUGUGGAGUUUCUUUGUAACCCUACUGGUAAUGAUUGAUUUGGCGCUAAUUCGAAAUACAUUCUGGGCAUUGUGCUCCAUCUGUUUUUUGACCCACUGUAUUGCUUUUGGUCUUUCAGGAAUAAUGCCAUUGUGCUAAGUGUUCCUGUGAUUUCCCCAAGUCACAGGAGCAAGUUUGAACAGAUAGAGUAAUAGGGCUUAGUUUGAGCUUAUGUUGAUAGAAAGCAGCUAUUUCAGAGCAGCCUGAUCUAGUGGGACGUGUCCCUGCCCAUGGCAGGGGAAUUGGAACUAGAUUAUCUUUAAGGUCCCUUCCAACCCAAACUAUUCUGUGAUUGU